AUGGCGGACCCAACUCACGUCUCAAGUACACUUUUGAAACGUCUAGAGGAAUGCCUACCGCAAAUCCACCAAAUCAGAGAGAUAUGCCAAACUCCAUCGAUCACCUUCGGAGUAGUCCACAAAGGCAAAGUCAUCUUCAAAAAAAGCAUCGGGCAUCGAGACGCCGAGCAACAACUUCAGCCUGACGCCGAUACUAUGUAUAUGAUCGGCUCUUGCUCCAAAAUGUUUACUUCGGCUGCUGCCGCAAUCCUUGUCGACGAAGGAAAGCUGAGCUGGAGGGACCCAAUUCAAAUGCACGUUCCUGAUUUUAACCCGGAAGGAGAUCCUCGCAUUGGCCGGGAGGCAGACAUCAUCGACUGUCUACGGCAUAGUACAGGGCUCACCGCUCCAUCUAUGCUAUGCAUUGGCCCUCGAAAGACCAUUCUCACUGGCGAAGAAGAUCUCAUUCCGCUGCUGAACAUGAUGCCAACUUCAGACGAGAAGGGGCAAAGGUUUAACCGCGAAUGGUCGUAUAAUAAUUACUUGGUUGGGCUUGUGGCACAGGCUAUCCAAAACCUGACCGGCCAACGCUUUGCGGACUUCGUGCGCGAGAGGAUUCUGGAUCCUCUUGGAAUGACUAGGACGGCAAUGAAAAGAUCGGACGUUGAGAAUGAUGGUAAUGUGGCGGUUCCUUGCGUGAAGCUGAGUGACGGGCGUUUCGUUCAGGGGCCUGAGCAGUCGUGGCCGUGUGAAGAACAUUCACCACUACUCGCCGCCACUGGGAUGCGGAGCAGUCUCAACGAUAUGCUUAACUGGUGUAUUGCUGUACUUGCCGCAGAGCGAAGUGAAAAUGAGACCCAUGCGGCUAAACAGCCGAACAAUCCGUUAAGGCAGAUGGCUCGGGUCCGGCGUGGUUACUGGACGCGACCUGCCGAUGAUCCUGACUUUAGCAAGGAUGCCGCAUAUGGUAUGGGUUGGUUUCGAGCGGAGCUUCCUUCCUCGAUGCUUGGUGCGAUGAGCGGUAAUUCUGAGUCUCGAGACAAAGAUCAUCAAUUACAUUUACGAUAUAUCCUAGGAAAAGAUGCCGAGCCAUUUCAGAUGAUAGGGCACACGGGUGGCAUGAUUGGUUCGAUAUUUUCAGUGUUCACGUUUCCGGAGACUCAGAGUGCGGUUGUCACAAUGACGAACGGAAGGGACUUUGGCGAUGCGAGUGAUUUUACAGCCCAGCUCUUGAUCCAGGCGCUGUUCGACCUGAAGCCCUCAGUGGAUCUGACGUCCUGGGCGAAGGUGGAAGCAGGGCUGGCUGCAAGGUAUUUCCGAGAGAAAAUCGAGCAGCCCUGGAAAGAAGGCAGGCGCCUUAGUGACCAGGAGCGAGAUCCGAUGGUCUAUUUGGGGCACUAUUGUGGCUUUAAAGGUCGCUUUACACUGAGUGUCGCUUACCGUCACGGGAUAUGCGAUGCUAAACUGUUCGUGUUGUUCAAUUAUCGUGAGGCCUCGGAGUGUCCGUUAUCUUUCUACCGGCAAGAUGUGUACAGCUUUUUCGAGCAGAGGGAAGACAUACGGAAGACGCGGGCAAUCAACGCAGCAGAUCACAGACAGAUGUUGCUGGAGUUCAAGGUCAAUGAAAGGGCAGAUAAGGCACUAGGUCUGUGGUGGAAGUGGGAUACUGAUGCGAAAGCUGCUUGGCUUGAGCGGGUUGGUUAG